AGUAGCUUCAGGGUUACAGGAGGAAGGCAGGAAUAUGGUGUUGGAAUAAAAAUCAGCCCUGGUUGAAUGGUGGGCAGACCAGAUGGAUCGAAUCACCUGAUUCUGUUCCUGUGUCUUAUGUCUUACCGUGACUGGAUGAUGGCUCCUUCUUAUCCCGUAUCGUCUGUGACAUGUGAGGGACAAUAAAAGAUUGUUCACUGAGAUCAUUAUAUUUGCCUUCAAUGUUUAAAUUUCAGUGAGUUUUGUUCCUAGUAACAUUAAGCAGAAAUGUUUGGUCCUCCUUUUCAUUGUUAACGUGCUUCAUUAUCUUUCAUGUUAAAGUUAAACCUGCGGUGAGAGAUUUAUUGGAAGAAAACGCAUGACUGAAGAUGAGGGAACAGCAACAAGUGAACCAGCCCGAGGACUGAGAGCACUGACUGGAGAGAACCCAUCUGACUCGGAGAUUCCAGUGAUUCAGUCAGGAGAAAGUUUGGUUAAAAACGGGAAGGAAUAUGUCUCCAGGAAUCUGAAACACGGCACAACAGUUUUUUUGUCUCUGUCCAGAUAUUUAAGAAGUGGAGCAAGGGAUUCAAUCAACCAUCCUUCCUGCUCAGACUGUGGGGAGGGAUUCACUUGGUCAUUUCAACUGAAGGUACAUCAGCAAGUUCACACUGGGCAAGGCCAUUCAUCUGUUCUGUGUGUGAGAAAGGAUUCUGUCGGGCAUCCCACCUGUGGACACACCACUCAGAUGACACUGGGCAGAGCUGGUCAUCUGCUGAAUUUCGGGGAAGGGAUUCUCUCGGUCAUCUGACCUAAUGGCACACCAACGUGUUCACACCAGGGGGCAGGCAUUCACCUGCACAGUCUGUGGGAAGGGAUUCACUGCGUCAUCCAACCUACAGAGACACCAGCGAGUUCACACUGGGGAGAAGCCAUUCACCUGCUCAGUCUGUGGGAAGGGAUUCACUCAGUCAUCCCACCUACAGAGUCAUCAGCGAGUUCACACUGGGGAGAAGCCGUUCAUUUGCACAGUCUGUGGGAAGGGAUUCACUCAGUCAUCCCAACUACAGAGUCAUCAGCGAGUUCACACUGGGGAGAAGCCAUUCACCUGCUCAGUCUGUGGGAAGGGAUUCACUCAGUCAUCCAACCUACAGAAUCAUCAGCGAGUUCACACUGGGGAGAAGCCGUUCACCUGUUCAGAAUGUGGGAUAGGAUUCACUCAGUCAUCCCAACUACUGGCACAUCAGUCAGUUCAUAAUGGGGAGUGGCCAUUCACCUGCUCAGUCUGUGGGAAGGGAUUCACUCAGUCAUCCCACCUACAGAGUCAUCAGCGAGUUCACACUAGAGAGAAGCCGUUCACCUGCUCAGUCUGUGGGAAGGGAUUCACUCAGUCAUCCCAACUACAGAAUCAUCAGCGACUUCACACUGAGGAGUGGCUGUUCACCUGCUCAGAAUGUGGGAAAAGAUUCACUCACUCAUCCAUCCUACAGAGUCAUCAGCGAGUUCACACUGGGGAGAAGCCGUUCACCUGCUCAGUCUGUGGGAAGGGAUUCACUCAUUUAUCCAGCCUACAGAGUCAUCAGCGAGUUCACACUGGGGAGAGGCCAUUCACCUGCUCAGUCUGUGGGAAGAGUUUCACUCGGUCAUCCCAACUACUGGCACACCAGUCAGUUCAUACUGGGGAGAAGCCGUUCACCUGCUCAGUCUGUGGGAAGGGAUUCACUCGGUCAUCCCACCUACAGAAUCAUCGGCGAGUUCACACUGGGGAGAAGCCAUUCAUCUGCUCAGAAUGUGGGAAGGGAUUCACUCGGUCAUCCACCCUACUGAGUCACCAGCGAGUUCACACUGGGGAGAGGCCGUUCUCCUGCACAGUAUGUGGGAAGGGAUUCACUCGGUCAUCCACCCUGCAGAGACACCAGCGAGUUCACACUGGGGAGAGGCCAUUCACCUGCUCAGUCUGUGGGAUAGGAUUCACUCGGUCAUCACAACUACUGGCACACCAGUCAGUUCACAGUGGGGACUGGCCGUUGUUAUGAAUCCCUGGGUUUUGUUUGAUGUGGACUGUCAUUUUAAGAGAGAGAGACAGGGAUUAGGAUGCCAACUCAGUCUGACUUGCUGCUUGUUUUCAUUGCUCGCAGCUUGUUUAGUUUUAACCGAGGACACAGACACUCAGAGACAGACAGAGACAAAGGAGGAAAAAUGGAAGGAUCGAAACCAGGGAACUAGUGGCCAAGGGUCACUGUUUGGAACUUUCCUAUGCCCACAAGGACGGGUUAAUUGUCGAUUCACCGUACAUCGAAUGUGUGGUUGUCAUCUCGUUUGAUCCUUAAGAGUGGAUCGGAUUUGGCGCAUCCUGUGGAGACCACUUAUGUGUUAACCCUUGCCUGG